CAGAGUUGAACAGAGCAAGCUAGAGAAUGAGUAUUCCCACUACUCUUGGACUUUCACUUCUUUUCAUCUUUCUCCCCUGUUUCAUCCUCCACACUACAGCUCAUGAUGCAAGCAGAGAGGCCCUAGAGUUCACUGAUGGUGUCUCUGGAAUAAUCGCUGAUCGUGUAGUAAUCCCUGAUGGUGUCGCUGGAGCAAUCUCGCCUUCGCCUUCCAAACAAAAAGCUCUGGUUUUUGCUGACCAGAGGCUUGCCGCAGUUUACCCCGUAAUCCAAAGAUUCAAAUCCAUAAUCACGUCUGAUCCCCUAGGCAUCACCAAAACCUGGGUGGGUUCUGAUAUAUGCAGUUACAGAGGAUUCUACUGUGAUAGCCCGCCUGACAACAAGUCCGCAAUCACCGUCGCUUCCGUCGAUUUCAACGGCUUGCGUCUCUCUGCUCCGAGUCUGAACGGCUUCCUUGAUCAGCUCCCGGAUAUUGCUCUGUUCCACGCCAAUUCCAACAACUUUUCCGGUACUCUGUCUCCAAACAUUGCCAAGCUUCGGUAUCUCUACGAGCUUGACAUAAGUAACAACCAGUUCUCCGGUAAGUUCCCGACGGCGGUUCUGGGCAUGAAUGGGCUGCAGUUCCUGGACAUUCGGUUCAAUUCCUUUGAAGGAUCGGUCCCCGGACAGAUAUUUACACAAAAUCUCUAUGCCCUGUUCAUCAACAACAACGGUUUCACGAUGCAGCUGCCGGAGAACAUCAGCACAACCCGUCUCCUCUACCUCACUUUAGCCAACAACAAAUUCAACGGCUCGCUUCCCCAAGCCAUCUUCAAAGCCCUGUCUUCUCUAACCGAAGUCUUGCUGAUAAACGACCAGCUAACAGGUUGUCUGCCGUACGAAAUUGGUUACUUGAAAGAGGCUGUGGUGUUUGAUGCCGGAAACAACCAGUUGACUGGUCCUUUACCCUUCUCGUUAGCCUGUCUGGAGAAGGUGGAACAACUGAAUUUUGCCAGAAACCUUCUGUUCGGGGUGGUACCGGAGGUGGUGUGCGGAUUGCCAAAUCUGGCGAAUUUAUCAUUGUCUGACAAUUAUUUUAACAGUGUUGGGCCUCUGUGUAGAGUUCUAAUCCAUAGAGGAGUGCUUGAUGUUAGGAACAACUGCAUUCCGGAUCUUCCAUUCCAGAGACCAGUACAUGAGUGUGUAGAGUUCUUUGCUUAUCGCAGGUUUUGUCCCCGGUUUUGGUCUUAUGUUUACAUUCCCUGUAAGCCUUACUUCGAUUCUGCAAUGCCUCCUUAUCCUUAUCCUUAUCCUUCUCCUUCACCUUCUCGUUCUCCUUCUCCUUCUCCUUCUCCUUGAAUCUCCUACCGUGUUUCGCUCUAGAUUAUUUUUCUUCUUCUUUUUCCCUGUGGAUGCCUUUCCUGCGUGUCCCCCACUUGUGUUGUAAUGCUUUUACUUCAAAUCAAUGUGAUGGGUUUAA